GCGUCAGCAUGCCCUCUGCGUCCUGCCCUCUGCCAGUACUGUGACAUACAGCUCGCUUUCAACAAGCUCCAGGAGCAUGAAAUCUACUGCGGAGCUAGGACUGAGAGAUGUGGUGGGUGCAGUCGUAACAUCAUGAUGAAAGAUCUAAAAGAGCAUCCUCGAGUCUGUGGGCAAGAGGUGAAACAAGUAAGAGGAAGCAGAGCAGUGCCUCGGUUUGAGGAUGAGGAUGCAGAUUUGCACGCCCUUCGGGACGUUAGAGACCGACUGAGAUCAGGUAACUACGCUGGGCCUCUGUGGAGAGUGCCCAGGGUGCUAGAAAAGCAGAUUUGUAGGAGACAAAGCAUUAAGGACAUUAGCAGAAGAGAUGUUUCAGCAGUGCAAAGAAAUCAAAAGUGAGAGGAUGAACUGGAGCAGUUGGGGAGAAAUGGAAACACUCAUUCCUCACUUUAUGACGAGUGGAACGCCGAUUUAGACUACGUGUUGGCUCUGAGCCUGCAAAAUGAGAACAAUCCUCACAAUAAUACUGCAGCUGAAAUUCACAGUGACUUCUGGGAAAACUACUACACCAAAGAGUCUGUGCCAUCGGCCUGUCUUAAUGAACCAGACAAGUCAAAUAUCUUCUCCUGUGACUCUUUAGUGUCUUUUAGCACAUCAAACCACUUAAAAA